CAAGACCCUCGGAUUUUUCCCAUGACGUCACUACGACGGCACUCCGCUGUGCAGAGAUCGGUCUCUUUAAACAUGGCGGCCACGAGCAGUGUGCAAAAUGGUUGGUUGGGUAAGCUUUUUGUCAGGUUUGACCCAGGUAGAGGCAAGAGUGAAGCCCCGAUCGUUGAGGAUUUGAUCAGAAAAAGUGGCCUGUCCUCUGCUUCGUGCGAUGAAGGGACACGGGGCAUUCUUAUGGGGCCCCCGGGUGCAGGCAAGGGAACUCAGGUAGGAUUCGAUUUUAAUUCUCUGUUCCAAAUUAGCCUCAUUACUUUUUAGUCUUAAUAUGUGGCAAUAAUGCACCCUAGAAUUAAAAGGCUCAUGCUUAAAUUAGACUACACCGAAACAUUCACGUUGUUUGGACAGUUCGUUUUUACUUUUAGCCUCAUUUUGUGCAUUGUUUUGUACUUUGUAGUAUAAAAAUUUCGUCUGAAUUGCCGGCAGUUCAUUGAUCCAAAUGAACAAUUAUAAUCUGCACAGAUAUUCAAAUGAAUGACCUUUGGAAUCAAGCCAGAAUGGCAAAAUAUAGGUCCAAAAGGUGUACCAUACAGAAAGAAUAGUUUGAUUUCUAAGUUUGCAAACUAGGUCCCCAGUUUUAUUAUAGCGAAAGCUUUUGAAAAUCGAUCGUAUAAAAUCGGGCAUAAUUGUGCUUGAAAAAUGUCAAAAUUCGUGUUUUUGUAUAUUUGACAUAAUUGUGUGACACGUGUAUAUAAAUUCGAACAUUACUUGAUUCCGAUCCUGUUCCGUUUUCGACACGAACGCGUCCCGAUCUCGGUCUUGUUUAUCAACACAAUAUUUGCGGAGUUUCUGUCAUCGGAAUUUCUGGUUUUAAAAACUUGCAAAAACGUUCAGCGAUUUUUCUGCAAAAGGUUUGCAUUAGAUUGCUUCGAUUAUGGCGGAAGAAUGUGGAAUAAAGGCAAUUUUGCUGGGCCCACCAGCUUGUGGAAAGGGGACACAGGUUUUGGAUUUAAUUUUGCACUAAAUUUGAACUUUUUAAUUUGAUACUUUUUUGGAUUAGAAUUAAAUGGCAAUGACCUAUAUAUUUUUUAUGUCUUUUUUAGGCGCCAAAGCUAGCAGAAAAAUAUUGUGUUUGCCAUUUGGCUACAGGUUUGGAAAUUUUUAACAUUUAUAAUAUUACAGCCAAAGGAAUUUGAUUAAAAUUUUAUAUUUAUUUUGGUUUUGUGGAGUUUAAAGGGAAUUGCUACAUUGUUUUUGUGCAUGUGUUUUUGUAUGAAGUUAGUGAUUUGUUUUGAAUUAUUGGGUUAGUUUAAAGGAGGGUUCUUGUUGUAAAUUUGUAAAACAGAAUUUUUUGACACAAUUUUAAAAUCAGUGUAGAUAACGGAUGAAUAGAAUUUGUAAUGAUGUCUGUCAAUAAUGAGCUUGGAAAAAAAUACUGUACAUUGUAAUGGACUUAUGUGAUUAUAGAUUAUGUUAAAUUAAAAUUAUGGACACAGUUUAUGUUAUACUCUUGCUUGUGUUACCAUGGAUUGUAAAAUAACUGGAUAGGAAACUUCCUGAUGUCACAGUCUAAACCUAGUUGCAAUCUGUGACGUCACAUGUAUUGCAAAUAUAUAUGAAAAUUCUCUGCAUUUUUGUUGUUUCGCUAUAUUUUCCGCUUUAAAAGAGUAAUAUUGAAGCAUAAACUGGUCUAACUGUUUUGUUAGUCUAACUAAGCCACAACAAAGUAUUCAAGGUAAAUGUUUUUCGCCUUUGUUUUGUAUUUUUUUUACAUUUGUAGCUACGAAAUUGGCAUUGAUGCAUUUUUCACUGUUUAGUACUUGAAAUAUUUGCUAAAAUUGACUGGAAAUACUUAGAGAUUUCAUUGAAGAAUGGCGUAAUUAUAUUCAUUUGCUCUUUGACUAAAAUGUUUAGCUGUAUUAUUGCUAAACAUGCUGUUUUUGAGAAUUUGGUUUGCAACUAGGUUUCAACAUGCAACCACGCCAUCAGCCCAUUGAAAACAUUAGGUCACAGCAGCUAGUUUCCUAUCCAUUUAUUAUAUUAUCCAUGGUGUUACUUAGGUGUUAUUUGCCGUGAACUUUUGGUGGGCGUAGCGUUGAUUGAUAACCUUUCUGCACUUCCUCUGAUUGACAAUUGCACUCAGGAAAUGAUGAAUCCUGUUCAUUCCUAGGUGACAUGUUACGAGCUGUUGUUGCAUCUGGGUCAGACCUCGGUAAGAAAGUUAAGGGAGUUAUGGACAGUGGCCAGGUAGGUGAUAAUUUCUAAAAAUAAGCUGAUUGUUUUUAGCAGGUGAAGUAGUUUUUUUUGGAAUGAUUCAAUUAUACAAUGUUUAACAGUAUAUGUUUGCCUAGUUCAAAACACUUUAAUUGGCCAUCAAAAACUACCUUGUGUCCGGGACAAACUUUCCAAGGGGUCAAUAUGUGAUAUAUUGUCAUCUUUUUCAGCUGGUGAGUGACGACCUUGUAGUGGAAUUGAUUGAGGACAAUUUGAACAAACCAGAAUGUAAAAAUGGAUUUCUCUUGGACGGUUUUCCAAGAACUGUAACUCAAGCUGAGAAGGUGAGUUAAAACAUGUGAAUAUUAAGUAUCAAAGCCCCCAGAAGUUUUGAGAAUUUUAGGCUUAUUUAGUUCAAAAAUCUCAUUUCAAUAAUAAUAUUUUAUCCAGCGAUCAUUUAAAUUUCUUUGGGAUGGGAAAACUAUCUGAUGGGGUAUAAUUUUUUUUUUUGGGGGGGGGGGUACUCGUUUAUGCACAACAAGCCUGUCCAGAUUGGGAGGACAAAAAUGAAACAAGAUGCUGCUGUGUUAUAUUGUAAGAAACAUUUUUUCAGCUUGAUGGGUUACUGGAAAAGCGCAAAGCCAACCUCGAUGCUGUUAUAGAAUUUGCUAUUGACGAUUCAUUACUCGUCCGGAGAAUUACUGGCAGGUAUGAUUGCAAUUCUUUCAUUUCCUGCCAAUUUUGACCAGACUUCCUUCUGGAACUUAAGAAACUGUUUCCAGUGCAGCUCUAGAAUUAAUAUAUUGUUAUACUUUAUAGAUUAUUUCACAAGCCGAGUGGUCGAUCAUACCACGAGGAAUUCAACCCUCCAAAAGUGCCCAUGAAAGACGAUGUAAGAAUAAGAUUGAGAAAAUAUGUUAUUUCUGUUUUGAAAUGUUUUUGUCUUGGUACACAGUAACUAAAAUUGUAUACAGUAUACUUUUUGUUUGAAAUUUCCAUAUAGUAAAAUCCCAUCUGCAUUUAUUCUUUCGAGCGAGAUGCUUAAAAUCUUGACAUAAUCAAGCAACUUACCAAUAGACCAUUCUAAUAAGGACGUCAAAUGUGGAAAGGCACUUAACUUAAUGUGAUGUCCGAAGGGAAAUUUUUAGAAAUGCAAAUGAUUUUUUUUUAAAACUGUAUUGGCUUGCCAAAAACUUAGUUUUCCGUGUUUUUGACGUCAUUAUAAGGGUCUAAUUAUUUGCAAUGGAAGCCCUGUCAAAGUCGCGAUGCAUACACUGUCCAUAAUUGCAUCACUGACACACCCUUGAUAUCCAAACUUGUUUCACCUCCUAGGUGACUGGCGAGCCUCUCGUUAAGAGGUCGGACGAUAACGCGGAAACCUUGAAGAAGCGUCUUGAAAGUUACCACAAACAGACCACGCCGUUAAUUGAUUACUACCAGAAACGAGGUCUUCACCAAAAAAUUGAUGCCGCAAAAUCUCCUGACGAAGUCUACAAAAGCCUUCUUGCUGCCUUCAAAAAAGCUAAGUCGAAAUAAAAACAUAAUAAGGGUGAUACCAUAUAUAGUCGAAAUAAAGCACCCCCAAUCUAGGCCCACUGAGAAAAUAAAACAAUGGUCAUUCAUUUCGUGACUUUGGACUGUGAAGCAAGCAAAUGUGGCAUUGCAAUCAAUUCUGAACAUUUUUAGGAUAAUAUUUUGCGUAGUGAAAUAAAUUCUCAAGCGUAAUUCUCGUGUGCAAAAUUUUGAAUGUUUUAUUG